AUGAAGUCUGGAAACAUCCGGGAGAGAGUGGUGUCCAGCCCAGACUCCCACUAUCCUGGCUGUGGUGCACAGAGGGCGCAGUCUGUGCGACUGUGCUGACCUGCGGUUCCGGCUUCCCUAGUGUCUCCGCCUCAGCACCCAGGAUUGCGGGAUCUAGGCCUGGCUCUCCGAAGGCGAGGCGUCUUCGCGCCUCAGCAGGGACCAGAGCAUUUGGCUCGGAAUGCUUAUAAUAACGAUUAUAAUUGUGGUUCUGAGUGCCCAGGAGUGUGUGUGCCUGAGAUCGAGACCCAGAGAAAAGCUAAGUGCGCUGCCGGGGAGAGUGCGUUUGAAGGCACAGCUGUAGUUCAGAAUGUCAACCACAUCCUCCAGAUAUCACCUCUUUGGGAACAGCUAGGAUUCGGUCAGUUGGAACUGUCUUUGGUUACCCGUAGCUGUGACUGUGCUCGCCAUAAAACCAGCACGGGGGCCUGUGAAAAACCCUUUAGUCAAACCCUGGCUUAG